AUGAAAAAAUAUAUCUGUGCCGCAGGUGUUCUUUUCCUCAGCGACGUUUUCUGCAAACAACAAGCUAAUUCCUUUGGCAAAUCGGAACUUAAAACAGAUAAAUCCAUUGUUAAACAUAAGCUUCUCUCAAUCAUCAACGAUCUUGAUAAUUAAAUUGAGUAAGUAGUUGAAGAUCUCAAGAAAGUCUCAAACUUAGAAAAGACAUUAACAAGAAGAUCAGCAAGUGUUCCUAAGAAAGUUUAAUCUCUUUUCUAAGAUGAUGAAAUUGAAGUAGAAUCCGCUCCAUUUAGAAUUUGGUUUGAAGGAUCAGAUGCCUUAAUUGGCAGACCUUAGUACAAAAUAGGCAAGGAGAAUGAUAAAUAUGUAGUAUAUCCCUCAGAUGUAUAGGCUAAUAAAUACCAAUCAUUACUUGAUCAAUAAAAAUAUACUUAUGGAUUUGGAGAUUGCUCCAAGGGACCCUGCGUACAAAGUAUGAUGGCACGAUAAAAUUUUCCAAGAAUCAAUGAUGGCAUGAUUCACUUGGCGGAUUGCAGCAAAGGUCCAUGCGUCCAAAGUUCACUUCCUCUGAAGCAUUCAUAAUGGGCAGAUGAUAGAGUAAUUAGAAUUGCUGACUGCUCUAAGGGGCCAUGCGUUUAGAGUAUGAUGCCAAGAUAUAAUGACGGUAUGAUCCAUUUAGCUGAUUGCAGCAAAGGCCCAUGCGUCUAAAAGCAUGAUGCCAAGAUAUAAUGA